GAAAAUCAGAAGUACUCAAUAACCUAUUAGCAACAUUUGCUGACGUUUCUAAUUAGUGUGAUAGCGGGAAAAAAUAAUUGAAUAUGAUAAAAUACAUGAUAUUCUUAGCUAUUGUGACUGCGACAAGUGGACGGCCUAAAGGUAAUACACCAUUGAAUAUGGUGACGGUACCAGCAAACUGUCCAAAAGGUCAACAACUCGUCAACGGAGAGUGUCGAGAUAUUUGGUCUCUCGAUGAUUUACUUAACAUGCCAGUGGAAGUUAAAAAUCCACAGCAUAGUGAACAAAAUGAGCCGCGGAACAUGAUCACGGUGCCUACCAACUGUCCCCCAGGUCAGGAGCUGAUUAAUGGCGUUUGUCGCGAUAUCUGGCGAUACAGAUCUACGAGCCCAAUUCCACAAAAUAUUGAAGAUUCGGCACUGCAUAUAGAAAAUGCUCCCCUUAAUAUGAUCACGGUCCCAACGAACUGUCCUCCAGGUCAACAGUUGAUCAACGGCGUGUGUCGUGACGUGUGGAUGUUUGCACCGACCAGCCCAACGCCGCGAGCUCUUGAACAAUCUAAUAAAAGCAAAAUUUUGGAGAGAAUUAUCGAAAGCAUCAAAUCAGAAAUAUUAUAUCGCCAAAAACGACAACUGGAUUUGGACGCAGAAGAAAUACUUCAAUUGCUGGAUGAAGCAAAUGUGAGCAGAAACAUUGUAACAGUUCCCAAUCAAUGUCCUGCUGGAUACAGGCCCGAUAUAUUCGGAAUUUGUCGGCCAAUUUUUGAUUAAAUCUAAUGGGAUAACAUCAUCGAAAUUAUAUCUGCUACUAAAUAUUGCUUAAUUGAUAAAUAAAUAUCAUUCAACAAAAA